AUGCCCCCCACUACGCCCUCCUUUGACUGGUCCCAGGGCUCCGUCUUCCUACAAGACGGUAUAAUUUACUACUCUCCCAAUUGUAACCGACCAGUCCGUAUCAAGGCCCCAGAGCGGAAUCACCCCCACCCAUUCCCCGAACAUGCAGAGCCAGAUCCCACCUCUGUCAAGCAUCCUGUCUGGUGGACAGACACCUUUGGGUGGAUGUCCUUCAUACCGCUCAACCCAUCCUUUAUCUCCGACCCCUUCGACACCUUUACCUGGCAGCCUGAGCUGGAUGUAACUCCUAGCUAUAAUACUCCACCCGGUUCCACUCUCUACCAGCUCGAAAUUCAUACUAUAAAGCAUUGGCGGUUUAAGGAACAAUGUUUACUGGAAGCUGCGCACAAAAUGAAGCUAUGGUACCACGUACCAGCCAGUCAACCACCCCCGCCUUCCAUCUUUAAAUACGAUAAGCCCUACACAUCGAAAGAAGAAGCUUAUCGCCAGAUUAAAUUGGCGCGAGAUUGGUUUGCCGUAUGGAUGGGAUUCUUUGCAUAUUUUGCUGCGUGUGCAAAGUAUGACAAGUAUUGUGCAGGAAAGAUGGUGAGAGAACAGGGCGAGUUACUACCCCGAUGGUAUACCAGGCUGCUCGAGGAGGUUCCGAUGCUACAGCGAUCCUGGUUGGACGGGCUUUUAACAUCGCCAGCGUGUGUAUUCUCACCCGACACUCAGCGUGCAGGGAUAGUUAUUCCCUGGUAUGAAUAUGACAAUCGGAGGCCCGAGAUACAGUUCUUCCUGGACCAGCAGAUUCCUGUUUUCUUUCCGUGGUGUGCCAUCGCAGAACAGGCCAUCAUAAACAACCCCACCCUUUGCUAUCUUGAGCCUCCUGCAAACCUUGUUCGGGAUGCCCUUGAGAAGUUUCUGAACCGAUUCCCCAGUGUUCCUCUCGCUGGCCUAAUCCUUAGGUCCUACUUUUGA